CCACAGGCUAAUGAGUGUGGAUUUUUCACAUAUUUCUAGAAGAACAAAAUGCUUCAGCAUGUUAAUUUUAUGCUGCCACAUGGAAUGAAUAAGAAACUCUCACUCUGAAGAAAAUUGGAUGGCUUGUGUUCAAGUUUAUUUGUGCUCCAACCCUGAAGAAUCUGUGGUUGAGAGGAGGUUACUAAGGCAGAGAGUUUUUCCCAGACUGAGAGAAUAUUGCAGAUGCACACAUGGAGUUGAGUUCAGAGUUAUUGACCCGUAUGAAGCAGCAGAUCCCCAAAACUGGCCUGCAGAAAAGGAACGACUGCAGAUACUGGAGGACUGCAGGAAGAAUUCUCUGGGCCCUUUCUUUGUGGGGUUUGUGGGUGAACAAUAUGGAGAUGCAAAUUUACCUGAGCAGAUAGAAGCCUCAGAGUUCCAGUGUGUUCUUCAGGUAUGCCAACGCAUGGGCCUCAAGACCGACAUACUGGAGAGAUGCUACCAGAGAGAUGAGAAUGCCAUUCCUCCUUCGUUCUGUAUGCUCAAUCCGACAGGAAAUUUUGAUCAACCUGGUGUCCAGGCAAAUAAUCCAAGUGAAGAGAACAACUGGUGCAAGGUACUUCCAGAGGUGAGGAGAAUCCUUCAUGAUGUUGUGAACCAGUGUGUUCAGGAGGGGACUAUGACACAUGACAAAGCUCAGAAAUAUCUCCGGUCAGCUCUUGAAAAUGACAUCCACUAUGCCUACGAAAACCAUUCCAUUGAAGAUAUCCCAAGAUGUAUUUGCUAUGUUCAUAAAAUAACUAUCCCACUGAAACCAAAUGGAGUGCCUCUAGAGCAACAAACCCAGUUGCACCGGCUGUCCCAGCUCCGAGAUCACUUCCUGCCGAGUUUGGUCGCCUCCCACAAAGCCCUGGUGUACUGCACCACCACAAAGUGCAAUCGUUUUCAAGGUUACACUCCUGAGAAGAGGCUCAACUUUGCUGUUGGUCUGAGUGAGCAGCUACAUACUGAUCUCAAGAGACUCAUUGACCGUGCUGUCUCAAAGGAAAGGGCUGUUACAGUUGAUGAAUCUGGCCAGAAAAGCCUGUGCCACAUCUUUUCCUCUCUUUACAGAAUUGAACGGGCAGAAGUCGAACAUGUUAAAUCCUACCUAAGGGGAAAAAAUACAAUAUUUCCUUUCAUACUCAACGGUGGACCAUGCUCAGGCAAAACUGUACUUCUGGCUCACUGUGCAAGUCAGGCAUCCGUAUGGUUGAAGGACCUGGAUCCUGAGAUUAUUGUGUACUUCAUAGAUGUCAACAACUCCCUGAGACAGCUUCUCAAAGAUUUUUGUGAAAGGGUUGAUUCAAGUAGUACCUCUGUCAACAACAUCUUUGAACUAAGAGAAAACUUUAAAAGGCUCAUGACCUCAAGAUCACCAUCCAAGAAUCCUCUGGUGCUCAUCAUAGAUGGUCUUGACCAGCUGCCAAAGACGGAUGUACAACUUGACUUGACAUUCCUUCCCGAAUCACUAGCUUCAAAUGUAAAGCUUCUCAUUUCCAUUACUGCAAACAGGCCUGCCAUCCUUGCUACCCUGAAGAUGUUUUACCCAGAUUCAACCCUGUUCUAUGAGUUGCAACCAGUAGAGAGUAAAAGCUGCAGCCAGCUGCUGACAACACGUCUUCAGGAGUCCAACAGAAAGAUCACCUCAGGCCAACAGAUGUUUGUGAAUCAGGCUUUUAAAAAAUGCUCUGUCCUGCUAUACAUGGAACUCCUUCAAAGACAGGCAAUCCACUGGAACUCAGGGUUUGAGAUUACGGAGAACACUCUGGUCCAAGAGGUCCAUAAUAACAUUGUUCUGAUGUUUGAUCGUCUGGAGAGGAAGCAUGGGAAAGCUUUAGUCUCCAAAGUUUUAAGCUAUCUUACCAUGGCCAGGUAUGGCAUAUCCGCAGUUGAGUUGACGGAUGUUCUUUCUUGUGAUGAUGAAGUUCUAGCAUCUUUUCUUCCACCAGGCGAUGACUUACCACUUAUUUUGAGGGUCCCUGAAGUUUUUGUGGAAAGUCUUCUUUCAGACCUGAAAGGGUUUCUGGUGCUGAGUAACAUUUUAGGUACCCAGACUCUUUUCUGGGUCAGCAGACACUUCCCCUUGGUCAUAUGUAAGAGGUACCUGUGUUUAGAAGAAACAUGUCAGAAGAUAAAUCAUGUGCUGUCCGAUUAUUUCAGUGGCUUUUGGGCAAAUGGCACAGCAAAGCCUUUGAUCAACAAAGGCAUGGAAAUCCCAACCGCUUCAGAUGUCCCACAGAAUAUUUACAUUGACAGACAAGUACCAAGUCAACCUUGGAUCUUUUCUCCUCCUUUCUAUAUCUCUACUGCCAUGAGUCCAUCAACAAGAACAUAUCCCAAUUUGAGAAAACUCUACAGACUCUCUUUCCAUUUGUUGAAAAGUGGAAGAAUUGAGGAACUUGGUAACCAAAUGAUUUCUCAAGAAUACCUCCAGGCAAUGCUGCAAGCAGAACUGGCUGACGAACUGUUUCUGUGGCUUGAGAGGACAUCUCAGUUGGUUUUUCCCAGGGAACUUCAGCUCCUCCACAUCAUCUUGAGAUCUUCAGCAUGUCUACUGAGGAACAAACCAGCCUAUCUCCCAACUGUACUGCAAGCCAAACUCCUUCCUUUUCUGAGUGUUUUUCCUACAUUGGAGGAAUGUGUUAAUUCAGCAAGGUCUAAAGGUAUGAUCCCACAAAAUGAAGUGUAUACUGUGUUGCCUCCAAUUCCUUCAGUCCCUUAUACCCACUGUACACUACAAGAGUCAACAGCUUCCCAGAUCAUGCAGUCAGCUGGAUCUCAAGGUGGUACUGUGGUGGUUGUACUGGAUAAUGGUGCUGCUUGGGUUUGUAAUGGAGGUAUAUUUGAAGGCUUCAAAUUUACCAAAUCCUCGAAUCUGCAGUUCAGAAGUGUCAGUAGUUCUGAAAACAUAUUCCUUCUCAGUACCCAUUGCGGUAAACUUGUCUUGUUGGAUGCAGGUGUUAGUGCACAGCCUAAAGAAAUUCAAACCCAACACAGAGAAAACAGGGAAAACGCCAAUCUUGGGGGUGUCUUGGUGUCCUCUGACAAGAUAUUUGUGUGGUGGAGAGGACAAAACAUUGUUAGUGUAUUUGUUGAUAGGGAGGAACAUACCCAACUGCACUGCGCUUAUGAGAUAACCUGUGUGUCAUGUUCUGAGGACGCAGAUAUCAUUUACUGUGGACAGAAUGAAAGUUCUGUGACAAUAUUUGAUUUGCCCAAUGGCAAGCUUCUAGCCACCUUCACUUGUCCAAAAGAUAUACCAUUAAUUGAGAUGAUUCACUCUGAGGGUGAUGGGAUGAUUACAUGUGUAGAUCAAGCAGGAAAUGUAUUUGCUUGGAAUCUUGAGAUUAUAACAGAACCAGUUCUGAUUGGUGAGAACCAUUGCACAACCAAGGAUCAGGUUUUAAACACAGACCACAGCGGAGACAACAUUCUCCUAAUAUGUAAAAAGCAACAAAUACAACUUAUUGACAUACAUCAAAUUAAUGUACUCGAUCACUUCAAUCCCCCGAGAGGAAAAACAUUUAAGCAAGCCAUAAUGGAUCAAAAUUCACGAUUCAUCCUUGCUUUACUGUGCAAUUGCCCGUUUCUUCUAGUCUGGAAAUGCUCCUCCGGACAAUGUGUGUUGAGCCUGGACACUGCUAACUGUCAAGCUAGUAAACUUCUGAAAUGUGGAGCCAAUAACUUGGCAGCAAUAACAGGUGCAAGUGUUCUUAUGUGGGACAUGGAUCUCAUUACAGCUUCAGCAUUGGGCCCAAAAUCUGGAAAGAGGGUGAAGAUGGUGGCUGUCGGAUCUAAUGGUGAAAGCUGUUACUCAGCAGAUGGCUCAGAACUUGUGUGGAAGUGGGCAAUAUCAAGUGGCAAGGUAGAAGCCCGCUUCCUUCACCAAGGUCAUGUGGAGUCUAUGUCCGUCUCUGGAGAUGGCAACUACCUUGUGAGUAUUGCAACAGGAGACAUACAUGUCUGGGACACCAAAAGUGGGGAAAAUAUUCACAGAAUCUCUGGUAGUCAAGCAUACAAGGUUUUAAUAACUCCCAAGGGCAACUGUGGAGUUGCCCUGUCAGAGAUUAGUCCAUCAAGGGUGUGGAAGUUGCAGAGUGGACACAUGAUUUGCAGCAUUCAUCCUCUUCUAAGAAAUGCUGCAAUUUCACCAGAAAGCACCUUUCUUUUAGGUCUUAACAGUGGGAAUCUCUUGGCUGUCAGCCUCUGGUCUGGUAAUGUUAGCAAAUGCUUCUCGUGCUCCAACAGGUCAGAUGUUGUUGCUUUCCAUUCUCUGCAUGGCCAUCCAGAUUAUGUGAUUGUUGCUUCAGCCUCAGGCACUGUGUACUCCUGGAGGUUAACAGAGGAUACUAUUUGUCAUCAAUUCAAGUUGCCAGACUCUUCCUUGUGCCAACCUGAGAUUUUUAGCCUAUCAUCAGAUGGGGGGUAUGCCAUCCUUUCUAUAUCUGAAUCCACUAUAAACAUCUUAGACUUCUCCAACAGUAAACUCUGCUCUUUGAGAACCGAAGGACCAGUUCAGCAACCAUAUGUGACUGUUGGUGUUUCUGGUCAAUAUGUGGUCUAUAUAUGUUUCUCCUCUCUGGUGUGCCACAAUAUAUCCUGUGAUCUCCAUGAAAAACCGAUGCUGGUAGUCAUACGUCUGACUGAUGGGGAGACCGUAGGUAGGUUCUAUUUGUGCAAGAACCCCUCUACUUUCACUGUGUCAGAGGAUUUGUUUGUCUAUGUAGGGUAUGAGGACGGUUCUGUUGGGGUCUAUGCUGUUAUUGACACCAAGAUGGGUAAAAGCUGGAAGAAGGAUGGUCAAAGCCCAACACUUUUGUCUCCAUUGGAUGAGCAAUUGAUUUGGUCGCCUCUGGUCAAUCCUAACCUUACUUGGGAUGAAAUGCCACUGCAAUUGUUUUAAAUAGUUCCAGUGUGACCAAUUCUGCUUUUGGCACUGAGGUCCAAAAGGAAUGUAUAUAUGUAAAAAUGUAGUUUUACACUGUCAUAUUGUUUUGAUAUGAAGAUAAAUAUAUAUACAAUAUAUAUUCACAAUUUUCCAGAAUGCCAAGACUGUGUCUGUGAUAUGUGAUAAACAUGUUUAUCAUACAGAAUAUUUAUGUUCAUUCAUCUCACAUAAGUCAGGAUUCAAGAAGAAAUUAGGUGUGAAAAUGUAUACAUAGCCAGUUUCUAAAAAUAACAAAGGAUUUAAGGCUUACAGAAUAUUACAAUACCAUUUUCUGUAUUAUAUUUUCUUUUGACGUAUCUAUGAUACAUAUUUUGUAUUGUUGAUUGCUGCAUAGCCAUGCAUGAUUUUGUUCACUUUGUAUUAGAAUGAGUUUUGA